UCAUAGUAUUUUUAGGUUAUGAAUUUGUAAAUAACAAUUAUACUUCAGGUUUUCGUGGUUUUAGUAAUUUAUUGUAAGCAUAUGUCAUAAUUAAUAUUUUACCAUGUGUUCAGGAAAAAUCACCGAUGGUACCACAACUAAUAAGUAUGAAAAAUAUCUAACUCCAUUGGCAGAGACAGCAAAAAGAACUAAAGCUUUGAUUGAAAAUGGUCUGAAUAAAUCUGUAAAAAGGUUCAAGGAAGAAGUUAGCAAAGUUGGAUCUGGAGAGGGAAAGUUAAGAGCAGAGAAAAAGUUAAAUACGAUUUUGAAUGAGCUAAAACUACUAAAGACAUUGUCAGAAGAUGAAAUAAUCAGUUUUGCUUUAUCAACAGAUAAAAAUUUAAUGGCGAUUGCAUCAAAUCGGAGAGCACCGCAGGAGCAGCGGAUGAAGGCUCGAGUAGCUUCACACAAGCCACUCUCCACGUUUUUGGCACGGGUGAAGAGUGAAACAGCUGACAGCUUUGUGGAUCAGUUGGUGCCUAAGAAAUUGAAUAAGAUAUCUCUGAACAACCAAAUUAUACGUAUGAGAAAGGAUGUGAAGAGAGCAAAAGUGCACGUCAUACACAAACUGACAAGAACAAUUGCGAUGCUGCGCAAAUCUAAAGGAAAUGAACAAUUGAAGGCAAAGCAUGAGAGGAAAGCAGAGAGGUUGACUAAGAAAGUUAAACGCAUUGAUGAGUUGAGUGAAGAUGAAAUUGCCAAAUUUGCUCUCACCACUACGGAAGAUCUCAACCGGCUUUCUACUGACAUAAAAAUACCAAUGACCACACAAGCGAUGGCAACAAUCGCCAUUCACAAGUUUUGUUUGCUGGCCCUGUUGAAGAGUAUAGAAAGCAUUUCCAGAUUUACCAAAGGCAGCACCAAAUUUGUUAAAAAAGAAGAAAAGAAAAAAUAAAUUCAAAAUUGGAAC